UGUUUAUCUAAUUAAAGGGAGUGGCUGUGAUAUCGAUCUUUCAUUAGGUCACGUUCCGCUUAGAAGAGUUAGAAGGACAAAAAUGGCACUAAGAUUCCCAUUGGAUUCAAAAGACUGACCGAAUCGAAAUUGUCAUAACUGAGGUGAUGCUUUUGUAAAUGCACGCUCUGCACCUUUCGAAUGACAAAGCAGCAAAACUGGCAGAACGCAUCAAGUCGCACAGCAACGCUCGGGUAUGCGGUCCACAAAUAGCAGCAUACCCUCCACUUUCAAUUUUAUCACAGAGAAACGGUGAUAGUACAAUCAAUUGGAGGCAAUAGUACGGAAAGAAAUUGAUACUAAUACAGUGUAGAAUUACUAUCUCUUAGAAAGAAAAUUGUAAGUAAAAGGUGGUUUGUUGUUAAUAGGGAACGCGUAGGAGUGCAGCGUUACUGCCUUGGAAAUUCUAAAUGCGUCCGGCCUCAUUAUUUGACUUUGUUUCUCGGUUCUUAUUCGUAUUCUGUGCAUUUAGAGAUCUAUUGAACGGCAAAUCACUUUGUCCGUCUUCCACAUCGUUGUCUUUUCUGUCGCGAAUUCCAUCACGUAUGGGCCAUAUCAACAAACGAUUGUAUGGUCUUCAUGCUCUGCGCCCUGUACUUGCGUUCUACAGUGAAGCAUUGCGUGAUUUUGAUGUCGAUUCCGAAUUUCUGCUGUAGCAGGGGUUUUGUCUGACGUUUAUAAGUGUAUAGUUGUCGCUAAAGAUACGAAGUGAACAAUUCUCCGGGAUGCAGGAGAUUUGCGAAACAUCUUGCUGUAACGUGGGGUGCUGGUUGUGAGAUGUAUGUAUAGCAGGAUCUAUUUGUGUCCUAUGGAAUAUCGCGGAAGAUGCAUGAUCGGUAUUGCUUGGAGUGCGUUACAAUAAGCGUAAGGAAGAGUCUGACAUGCUGCAGAUGCUGCCGAUUAAAAUGACCUUUUGGACGGAGAUAAGAACUAGGACAA